AUAAUAUCAUUUUUGCCCCUACCGCCGCUUCCCCUUCCAAGGCCGUCUAACGUUCUUAAUAUGCGUCUCUGCGAACGGCACAAUAGCGCCAUUUGAGCGGUUGAUCGGAGUGGGGUUUUCCGAUUUAAAGCUCCGGUGAGCUCCGGAGAUGCAUUCUCUCCGUCGAACAAGGGCCCUCGCCAUCGCGCUGGCAGAGGCCGCCUCUACCCCUUACAAGAAUAGUAGGCUCUGCUCCGCCGCCGCCACAGGAAGAACGAGAACCGCCGCGAAUGAAGCUGAGGCUGAGGCUCAGUCCAGUUUGGAGAGUCCGGCUGAGACACCGCAUCAGAGAACCAAGUCCGUGGCGGAACCUUUAAGGGUGGCCGUGGCCGGGGCCGGCAAUUGGCCGAGGCCUAGCAAAAUACCUUUUCAGGCAAAGGUGGCCAAUUCCGUCCACCUGAUUGGCCGCAUCCACAUGCCUGUUCAGUGCCAGGCUGCUCCCGACGGCAAGUUCUGGGCGGGAACCGUCAUCACACGGGAUCAGCCCUCGGAUUCUUCCCCUCUUUGGAUCCCGAUCGUAUUCGAGGGCGAUUUAGCUAAUAUUGCCGCUUCUCAUCUGAAAGAGAAUGAUCACGUCUGCAUUGAGGGACAACUGAGUGCGGAUCCCCCAACAAUCGGUGUGAGCCCGAGUCAGGCCAACGUCCAGGUUAUGGUUCGCAGUAUUAACUUUGUCGAAGGAUCUGCUCAUGUGAAAUCAACCAUUGCCUCUCAGAAAUACGAGAAACCAGCUGCAACUAAGCAGGAUUUGAAAAAGCAAAUUGAAGACUCCUGGAGGAACCUCAUCACGAAUCCCGGAGAGUGGUCAGAUUACCGCAAAGCUAAACUUGAUGGAUUGGUUAAUCAUAAAUUCCCAGACUUUAAGCGCAAGGACAAAACUGCUUCUCUCUGGCUUGACACGGCACCGUGGUGGGUUUUAUCAAACAUUGAUGGAAUCGAAUUUGGUGGAAGUGACAACACAAGACCUGUUAAGGAGAAUAAAGGUGAUGAAGCCUGGAAGGACUUGGUUGAGAACCCCGAAAAAUGGUGGGAUAAUCGGUCGAAUAAGCCAAAGAGUACAUAUCCUGACUUCAAGCAUAAAGAGACGAGGGAAGCACUUUGGCUUGACAGCUCGCCAUCUUGGGUGCUGUCGAAGUUGCCACCUUUGAAACCACAGGAGGAAACGGCUAGUAGCUGGAUGAAAGCGGCUCCACAGACCUCAGUUUAAGUUUUCCUAUGUUGACAAGACAGCUUAGCUUGCAAGUAAAGUUAGCGAGAUUCUUUUACUUGAAUGGCAUGCUUUCGAUUUUGUUUCCUUCAAAAUUAUUUUACGGUGCGGAGGCUUGCUCCCAUUUGGAAGAAGAGUUCGUCGCGGGAGAGGGAGAUGGAGAGACUCCGAAGCGGAUAUUUUGGAGGAAAGGAAACAAAAGGAGAAUAUCCCGCACAAUUGUAAUGUUCCCUACUGUUAACUUGCAUUGUAACAUUUGGUACAUGAAGGAAUUAUAUGGGAACAUUGUAUAUCGUUGUAAUUU